AUGACUACGGGCUCAACUGCAAACCCAACAAAGUCCUGCAUACGAAUCGGUGGUUUUCCUAACGUCGCACGAUUUGAUCGUCGCAAGAGAAUCUGGACCUGGACUGGUGAAUUAACAUUACCAACGGCUGACGAUGCUUCUGACUCACUACCCAAAGGGGCACUCGAUGAGGCUGGAUCCGAACUGCUUGAGGAAGAACUCAAGGAUGAUGAAUUUUGUCCAGGGGACUUGGAGCCACUAGAGGAGCCUUCACUGGACAAGUUGGUGGUCGACGUGUCGUCAGGGGAAGAUGGUCCACUAUCCUCGUUGGACACAAAUGAAAUGGUUGCUUCUUGUGGUAGAGGAAGAGAGGAAAUAUUAUCAAAUUCUGGCAGGGAAGUGAGAAACUCAAGAGUAGCAGCAGAACUUGCUUCUACAUGA